AUCCCCCGGACUUGUUUCCAGUGCUCAUGCGACCAACUUGGGCAUGUAACUUGCAUCAAUCCUGCAUGGGAAACUUCGUUUGUGCUUGCCCUGUGAAAGUCCCACUACAUGCAGGAGAACAAUCAGCGCAAUCGGCGAGAGUUGACUGACUGACUUCCAAGGCGCUCGUCUGGCUUUUGCAUCGAUAUGGAUCAAUCACGCAUUAAACGGCUGCCUCUGCAGGAGGUACCGCAGCGGCAAAAUGCACACAAUCCGAGCGGAGCAGCGCAUGUCAAACGCGAGACAUCAGAGCCACCAGCCAUUCCAGCGAUACCUGAGAAUGGUGGGCCUUCUACACAAAGCCCAACGUCAUCGCGACAAGAACAGGCUCUGCAGGCGGCUAGUCAACGUCGACGCGAGCAUUUACGCAAACAGUGGCAAUUGGAGAGUCAGAUACUUGAAGCACGACAAAGAGGAGAGUCGUCGUCAACAGAGCAGCCAGAAUUUCUGCGGCAAAUGGACAACCAAAAACAAACAUCCGGCUCGCCGAAUGGCAGCGCCGCGGCAGGACAGCGAGAGCCGGAGCGAGAGCGUACCGCAUCACCGCGAACUCGACAGACUGCCAAGUCUGAAGGUUCGCCUUCGCAGGCAAUUCGUGCUCUUCCCACGCCAACGACUGCGCCUCGACGUUCUUGCCUUGGAUGCCAGGGUUCCUAUAUACGGGGCCCUUGCGCUGGAUGCCGUAAAGCUUACUACUGUUCGGUAGAAUGUCAAACCAGAGAUUGGCGGCGACAUCAUGCCUACUGUUCCAAAGGUAUCUCUGAUCCUGGUCCUACGGCCACUCGCCAGGCUACUGUCGCUCCGCAACAAACACCACCACACAGCAGUGUACCAUACAGAACGCAAUACACUUCCGCCAUCGUUCUCAGCGAUAGUGACGAUGAUGAUGAUGAAGACGAUGACGACACUGACAAUGAAGAUGGUCGUAUCUAUGAGGAUGAUGAACAAGAUUUAGCGAAUUUGCCAAUCCGGGACAACGCUGAUGAGGUGAGAGAGCUCAUUGAGCUCUUCGCUGGUAUACCUGACAAGGAUGUUUCCCCGGAAGAUCGCAAGAGAGCACCAAAUGCGCUGGCGUGCUCUCUGAUGGCACAUCAGCAAGUUGGUUUCACUUGGCUGGCCGAGCAGGAAGAGAGCUUUCGCAGAGGCGCCGUACUAGCGGAUCAUAUGGGACUUGGAAAAACAAUCCAGGCGUUGGCCUUGAUUCUGGCGCGUCCUUCUAAAGAUUCAACCAACAAGACCACCUUGAUCGUGGCUCCCUUGGCGCUUUUGAGGCAAUGGGAGCGAGAAAUUGAGGACAAGGUGAAGCCAGGCUACAAGCUGAAGACUAUCAUUGUCCACGGCGCGAAGAAGAAGUCCAUGACAGUCGCCAAGUUGAUGUCUUACGAUGUAAUACUGACAACUUACGGUACAAUCGCCGCAGAGUACAAACCUCGAAGGAAUACUACCACCAAGCAAUUGCUUCUGCCCAUCAGGUUUCAUCGCAUCAUCCUCGACGAAGCUCAUAAGAUCAAGAAUGACCGGUCACAGGCUGCUCAAGCAGUGUCAUCACUUCGAGCCAUGUACAGGCUCUGUAUGACCGGUACCCCUCUGAUGAACAAUGUCGGCGAACUGUUUUCCCUAAUCAAAUUCCUUCGGAUUGCCCCAUAUAAUGAACGACUGAGAUUCAGGGAUGAUUUGGAAAGGCCUCUGAAAAAAAGCGGUAUCGCAUAUGAUCGUGCAAUGAAAACACUGCAGGCUUUGAUGGGAUCAAUUCUACUACAACGGACCGCAACCAGUCAGCUUGAUGGUAAACAGAUUCUGAGUUUGCCGGAGCUAAUCUCAGAGAAUGCAACAACUGGAUUCAAUGACGCGCAGAGGGAAUUCUAUAUUUCCGUGGAGCAUCAGAUGCAGCUCAAAUUCAACAAAUAUCUCAAAGCAGGCACUGUUCUGAAGAACUACAGCUAUAUCUUGGUGCUCAUUCUUCGACUACGGCAGUCUUGCUGUCAUCCGUUUUUAAUCACCAACCAUGGUAUACCGGAACGCGCACAACUGAAGCCCGAAGAGAUGAUCAAGCUUGCUUCUAAGCUUGACGAUCACAUCGUUGAGCGGAUCAAAGCUCAGAUUGAGUUCCAGUGCCCAAUGUGUGACCAAAUCUCACAAAAUCCAGUCAUUGUGUAUCCAUGUGGACACCAUAUCUGCGGAGAAUGUUUUACGGGUUUAAUGAUUGUCAGAGAUGGUGAACGUGGCGAUGAUGAUGAUGAUGAACUGCCCUUUCCGGAUUGUCCGUGGGAUUACUGUGGCGAGGUAAUUGAUCCGCGCAAAGUUUUGUGCCAUUGCUUCUUCGCCGAAGCGCAUAUGCCCGGAGACCUCGAAGCACUGAAGGACGAUUUGGAUGAGGAAGAGUACAUAUCUGAAGACACAGGUGCUGAUGAUGACGGCAACCUGAAAGGCUUUAUUGUGCCAGAUGAUAGCCAAGGUCUUUCUGAGAGUGAGGAAGAGGACGAAGAAGGAGUAGACAACAACAAGCUUGAGAAUUCUACCUUCAGACGAAGCCAUCGCCGCCACCAUCCAAAUGCUCUGGAGAGUGACAGUGGAUCAAGCUCCAGCAAGGAAGACGAUGGUACGGAGAAAGAUACCAUGACCGACGAUGGUAAAAAGACAUCGUCUUUGGCAAACAAAGCGGCGGACUCAGACUCUGACGACGACUUCCCAGAACUGAAUGUGGCCUGGCACCGUGUUAAUAACCAAAAACAAUCAGCAGGACCUGCUUCUUCACUUCGUAAAGGCGGCAUUCCAUUCAAGCGCACGUUGAAAAAGGGCCCAGACAACGCUCCAGUCCAGCCAUCACAGCCAGAAGACAACUUCGAUAUGUUCAGACAGUCUGGAAACUUUUUCGAGCGUCAGGCCGAGCUAGCCUCUCAAAGUAGUCAGAUGCGCACGGGAUCCAAGCCAAAGCGAGCCCUGGAGGAUGUAAGCGACUAUGAGUCUGGUGACUACAGCUCCAAGCGUAGUCGUACAUCUCGCCUCAAAAUAUCAUCGCCUAUCGAUGGCUGCAACCGCAAAGGAGACAUGACCGCUAACGACGACGAUGCUGCCGCCGACCUCCAGAAGCGGAAGCAGGCGAAAGGCAAAGGUAUCGCACGGCCGAAAAAGGCCGAGGAACAAGCGUCAAGUUAUCAAAAAGACAACAAGAAGAAAACGAAGAAUUUGACGAUAUUUUCCAAUCUCAAGGCUGAAAGCAAUAAGAAUGUGGCAGCAAAGGCAAAAUAUCUUAAGCGACUGAGAAAGGACUACGAGCCCAGCGCCAAAAUCGACAGAACCAUGGAACUCCUGCGAGAUAUUCGUGAGAACAACCCACAAGAAAAAACCUUGAUUUUCAGCGUCUUCACGUCUUUCUUGGACAUUCUGGAAAUUCCAAUCCAGGACGAGGGUAACGUAUACCGCCGUUACGAUGGUGCUAUGUGCCAUAAUGAUCGAGAGCAGGCCGUUGACGAUUUCAUGAAAAAGCCUGAAGUAAAAAUCAUGUUGGUCAGUUUGCAAGCCGGCAAUGCCGGUCUGAAUUUGCAGGCUGCAACUCAAGUCAUCAUCCUCGACCCUUUCUGGAACCCGUCCAUCGAGGAUCAAGCUGUUGGUCGUGCGCAUCGUCUCGGUCAGAAAAAACCUGUCACAGUACACAAGGUCUUGAUUGAAGAUACAAUCGAAGACCGCAUCGUAGAACUUCAGGAGAAGAAGAAAGCCCUUGUUGGCGAAGUGCUCAACCAUGAAGCCGCGCGAAGCAUGGGUCGUCUUUCCGUCAGCGAGCUCACGCGCUUAUUCGGAAUUGGUGUUGGCCCUCGCCGGCGGCGGAGAUGAACGGCGUUGUGCGUACCUGCGACGUCAAUUCUUGUACAGCUUCUUGAAGAUAUGAGCACACCGAUCAUCUUAGCUUGCAACAGCACUUCUAUUCUUACGAUUGGAAAUCUUCUUUUAGGCACAGAUGGCUGUUUUUAUUAG